AUGCUGGCGGGAGGAGGGCUCAUCGAGGAGCUGCGGAGGGAGAAGGAGAAGUCCUCCGCCAAGAAGCGGCUCAACAUGGACGAGGGGGAAGACGGCGGGGCCAAGAUGGAUGUCGAGCCGGAGCCGGAGGUCGCUGUGACGGGGAAGAGGAGCAAGAGGAAGAAGAAGGAUGCGGAUGCGGAAGGAAAGGGGAAGAAGAAGAAGAAGGGGGAGGAUGGGGAGGGGAAGAAGAAGAAGAAGGGGGAGGAUGGGGAGGGGAAGAAGAGGAAGAAGGACAAGGCGCCCAAGGAGAGGAGGGCUCAGCUUGAAUCGAUCCAUGCCGAGUCGCAGAGGCUGCUGCGAGAGACAAGAAAGGCAUCAUUUAAGCCAAUUGCAGAGCCAGUGUACAAACCCAUCUCCUCAGUCCUGGAGAAGAUCCGCCUUCGGAAGCUGGAGAUUCAGAAAACCUCCACUACGGUUUGCAGGUCAAAUACUCCUGUUGAAGAGGAAGAGGAAGAGGAAGAGGAAGAUGAAGAAGAUGAAGGCGAAGAAGAAGAUGCCUCUUCAGAGCCCGAGAGCAAUCCCGCUGAAGAGCCAGCCAUACCCGAGGUUAAGGAAGUGGGUUCAGAUGACAAAAAUCUGAAGAAUGAUGAUGUUGACAAGGAGGUUGGAGCAAAUGCUGGUGACCUGAAUGACCAUGCCAGUCUCCCUGAGGAUGAGACUGAUGUUGCGUUUGGUUUGCAGGAUGCUGUGAUUAGUGACAAGGAUCUUAAUAAACGUGGUAGCAAAUCUCCAAACAAGGAACCUGUUGACAAUUCUCAAGAUAAACAUGAAGACAAUGCCCAACCAAGCGACGACUCCAUUGAUGCUGUAGAUGAAGAAGCCCAUGUACCUCCCUCUUCAAGCCCUACCAAGAAUACAGAUGAUAGUUCUUCAGAAGAUGAAGAAGAGGAAGAAGAUAAUGACAAGGAGAACAUAUAUCCAGGCAUUCAGAAAAAUGAUGUAAAUACCCAUCAACAACCUCGACGAACUCUUGCAAGUGAUUCAUGUCUAGAUGCUGCUGUCCUGAAAGACUUUCUAGACGUUGAAGCUGAGGAAGAGGACGACAGUGAUGAUGACAUGGCAAGGUUUAAGGACAACGAAGAAGAUGAUGGUGAUGAUGAAAAUGAAGUACUUACUGCUCUGAUUGCUGCUGGAUUUGAAGAAGAAGAAGUAGAUCAUGAGAAACGUAAUGCACUCCACCAAAAGUGGCUUCAAGAUCAAGAUGCCGCUGAAACAAAUAAUUUCAUUCAAAGAUUAAAAUAUGGUCAUCAGGAGCAGAAAGUGUUGAUGGAGGAAGACGAAGAUGAUAUCGAAGACUGUGAGGAUGAAUCAGAAAAUGAAAGGUCACAUGACUUGACUCCCAAUAUUGUGCGGCAGAAUUCUGAGAAGGCAAAACAAAUGAUUGCCAAAAUGUUCACAGAUGAGAAUGACACUUAUGAGCACUCUGAUGAUGAGGAAAUAGAGGAGCAUUUGGCCCGUCAACGUAUUUCAAAGCGAGAAGUUCAUAGUACUUCAUUCAUAUCUCCAUUGGAAGAUGACAGUUCAAGGGAAAUGUUUAGCCUUAUAAAGAAGCUCAAUAUUGCUCCUCAACCCCCCAAGAGGAGGGGAAAGCAAGCCACAUCAAAUCUUGAAAUGCUUAUGGUCGGAAGUAACAGCAACUCAUCAUCAAAGUCGUCUUUUCUCGGCCGAACAACGAGUGGUCCAAUCUCAUCUUCUCAUAGAUCAACUUACAAGGGCUACAUUUUCGGUCGUGAUGACAGCAAUAGCAACAGCAAGAGCUGCUUUGCAACCUCUGAGAGCAACUCGGAUGUGCAGGACCAGGCGAACCCCAGCCAGCCCAAGAAAGCGAAGUUCAGCAGUUCACAGACAAAGCCAGCCGCAUCAGGCGCAAGCUCCGAGGGCGGCUCGACUUCAGGCGCCUCCCUGUUCGAGCUCCUGCGCAGGUCAACUUCCGGCGCCGAGAAGCAAGAGCACAAGCGCCCCGAAAGCUUCGGCAUCAUCACGGAGAGCCAAGCCGUGCACCAGUUCUCCGCGUUCAAGCUGUCAAGGAAGUUCUCCAAGAUAGGGGCAAGGAACUGA